CCCAAACCCACAAAAUUUCUCAAACCAAUACGCUUCUCACUCUUUCUUCUCUCUCAUUCUGAAAUCCAUUACUUUCCCGCCUAUUUAAAAACCCUUUUCACAGAAUGCUCUCAUCACGGUCUCAUUUUCUACUUUCUCAGAACUCAAAAAUCCUUGCGAUUACUUCAAAUUCCUAUUCUACUAAACAAAAUCUUCAAUACCCUAGUUCCAGUCUCAACUUUGACCUAAAUUUGGAUUCUCGGCGGAGUCAAUUUAGGUCAAAAAUGAGUUUGAAUUGUACUAAUACUAACAUUUCUUCUUCUUCUUCUUCUUCUUCUUCUUCUUCUAAUGGAAUCGAAGCUGUGAGAUUAGGGGGUGGUAUAGAUGAAAUGGAUUCAUUUGUUCAGGUUGGAAAUAAAGUUGCUGAUGCUGCUGGUGAAGUCAUUCGAAGCUUUUUCCGGAAGAAUUUUGAAAUUGUUGAUAAAGAAGAUCUCAGUCCUGUAACAAUUGCUGAUAGAACUGCAGAGGAAGCAAUGGUUAAGAUUAUAUUGGAGAAUUUUCCUUCUCAUGCAAUAUACGGGGAGGAGAACGGGUGGAGGUAUAAAGAUAAAACUGCUGAGUUCGUUUGGGUUUUAGAUCCUAUAGAUGGAACAAAGAGUUUCAUAACAGGAAAGCCCUUAUUUGGAACUCUCAUUGCUCUUGUACACAAAGGAAAACCGAUUGUUGGGAUUAUUGAUCAGCCUGUCUUAAGAGAAAGAUGGAUCGGGGUAAAAGGGAGGAAAACAACAAUGAAUGGAGAAGAAGUUUCCACACGGGCUUGUGAGAAACUUUCACAAGCCUACUUGUACACGACAAGCCCACAUCUGUUCAGUGGAGAUGCUGAAGAGGCAUUUGCACGUGUUAGAAACAAGGUGAAAGUUCCACUAUAUGGCUGUGACUGUUACGCCUAUGCCUUAUUGGCUUCUGGGUUCGUGGAUCUUGUAAUUGAAUCUGGACUCAAGCCCUAUGAUUUUCUUUCACUUGUACCUGUAAUAGAAGGUGCUGGUGGAGUAGUUACUGAUUGGAAGGGAGAACAGCUCUUUUGGGAGGCCUCUUCUGAUUCACUUGCACCAAGUUUUAACGUUUUGGCAGCUGGAGACAAACUACUUCAUCGACAAGCUUUAGAAGAUCUCCUCUGGCAGUAAAGAUGCAAAUGCAAACUCAUCCGCUGAGCCAUACCAACCUGUCACACCAAACCAAAGCAUGUCUUCAUGGACUUAACUUUUAGGGGGGCAAUUUUUUACUUUCUUUGGUCGAGUAUGCACACUUGGGGCCGUGUGAAGAGAGUAAGAUCUAAAUUAUUGUGAAGAUCAUUACCUUGUUGUUUAAGUUGGAUAACCGUACUACUUUAGAAUCCUAUUAUUGCGAGGCUGAGAUCGGCUGGGUUUUGGGGCUCACUAAAGUCCAAAACCGGGUCAUGAAAUAGGAAUCCCUAUAACACCUUAUGACCCUAUCGUAGUAUUUUUAUAUAAUACCUAAUGUACUUUCAAUUUGGUUAGUGCUAAUUAUGGUGAUUAACUAACCUAAUCACUAUUAGUGAA